CGAUAGCCGUCACAGUUUUCAGGGGCGGUUUCGGCCUGCUCACGGUCUUGAGGUACGGACAACAGUGUGCGAUUUUUUGUUUUGUUUUCGUGUGUGUGUGUUUCGGGCAUUUGAGCGAGGAACCUCCACCGUGUUCAGGUAAACACCAAUAAUCUUCUUGAGCCAUUUUUUUGUCUGUUUUUUUUGUGUUUGUUUUGGGAGUUCUUUUGUCGAGAGGAUUUCCGUGGUGAGACCGACUACUAAAUAGAACCCGUUCGAGAUAAUACCGCAGUUGAGUUUCUUUGUUUGCCCACCAAGCACAACCAAUCUUUCUUUGCUUGAUCGUGGUUUGUUACCCUUAUGGCGCUUCUUCAAUGCAAACAAAUGAAAAUCCUUUGCUCACCUUUUUCAAAAUUCAUGUUUUUUCCAGGUUCAACAACGAGACUGGCAAGCUCACCUUCACGGGCGACGUCAACGACGUCCCCAGCCCCAACUUCGUGUGCGUGUUCCAGCCACACCGGAACGGGAGAACGAGCCACGUGGCCAAGCUCUGACCAGAGGGCACGGGCGGGCA